CGAUGUGUAAUCACUUGCAUGAUAUAUCAAACUAUCGGAAAACUGUACUCGAAAGUCGCGAAAUUACCAAGGACAGAUAAGAAUGGAUCGACCAGUUUCGUCACCAUUGGUACUUUUGCGCGUGUCGAAUAUAUGCUUCGUCUCAGUCAUUGCCAGUAUGCGCGUGUUUCCGUAGUAGUGAAUCAUUUCCAGAUGUGUCAACCUUACGAGACCGUUGUUUCAUACAAAUUCGCGGUGCAGCGAGUUUCCUCGCGUCACGUUCAAAACAAACCGCGGUAAUAUUAUCAACGUUUCAAUCACUUAUCAAGACAAGUGACGGCCGUGAAAAUGCGUAUUAUUUUUGUAAAAUUUCGCGAACUGUCGCAAAAAUAUCCAAUUGUAAGGGGAAUGGCUUCUUAUUCUAUUAUAUGGCCAACAGGAAGUUUAAUACAACAAAAAUUAUUAGGACAAGACGAAUUAAAUUAUCUACAAGCAUUAAGAUUUAGUUUAUAUGGUGGAUUUUUUGUAGCUCCAACACUGUAUUGCUGGUUAAGGUCUUCUUCAUACUUUUGGCCAAAGUCAGACCUGAAGUCUGCAAUUACCAAAGCUUUAAUAGAACAAGUAACAUACAGCCCUGCAGCAAUGUGUUGUUUCUUUUUUGGCAUGAACUUGCUUGAAAUGAAACCUAUAGCUGAGUGUGUAGAAGAAGUUAAACGAAAAUUCUGGCCUACUUAUAAAGUUGGUGUUUGUGUGUGGCCUGUUCUACAGACAAUCAACUUUUUUCUUGUCCCAGAACAUAAUCGUGUAGUUUAUGUAAGUUUUUGUAGUUUAAUUUGGACCUCUUUUCUUGCAUAUAUGAAAGCUCUGGAAGCUCAGAACAAACAAAAUCGAUUAACAAAAGACAAUAAUAUAAAACACAAGGGUGAUUUUGUAAGUAAUGUUAAUACUGAACCUGUUAGUCAGGUAGAAGAUAAAAGUAAAAGGUUACCUGUUUUACGAUGA